AUGGGGCAGGUUUGGGAGAACCUCCUAGGCGCCCAGCCCCGGGCAAGAGCUCAGUGGCCUCCCCUCGGUAGGGCCGAGUUCAGGGCUGAGGUGCUGCAGAAGAAGCGGGAAGUGCUGCUGUCCCAGGAAGACUCAGCGGAGCUGACAGAGGAGCACCAGCGCCUGAUGGCCUGGAACGAGGCAGAGAAUGCCCGGCAGCGGGCACGCAGAGAGGAACGAAUUAGGAAAGAAGAGGAAGAACGGAAGAGGCGGAAGUUACAGGCUGCUGAGAACAAGGCCAGGCUAGUGGAGGCUUUCCUGAAAGAGAAGGAGAAGGAAGUUCUCCAGCUGCAGGAGGAAGCCAAAACGUUCAUCACUCCAGAGAACCUGGACGCGCGGAUCGAGGAGUGCCUGGACAACCCUCGCAACUACAACUUCGCCAUCGACAAGGAGGGGCGGAUUGUCAAACGGACGGUGUUGUCUUAGCGGUGCUGGCCUGGUUUCUGCCCAGAGGCUCUGCUUACGAACUGGUUUCUUUCUUUUAAUGUAUAAAUGGCCCACAGAAUUGUUGGAGAAAGCCUGCACGUCUGGCUGUGGUUCUUCUGAAGGGUUAGUGCUUGCGGGAAGGAGGGUGAGGGAGAAACUUGGGCUUGCCACAAGCAGCAGAGGCAGCAGCAGAGGCACCAGCAGUCUGUCUCAGCCCUGCGAGGCGGCGGCGAAGCUGCUGGUGUUCCUGUGCCUCUUGCUCUGACUCUCUGCGAUUCCACCUCCCACGUGUUUGGAUCCCUCCUGCUUUCACACAAAGCAUGUAGUGGGGGGAAAGCAGGAAUGGUCCCAGGCAGAUGCUGGCUCUGAGCUCCCCGUUGUAGCCCUGGCCCUGUUUGCAUGUCGACCCCUCUAGAUGCUUUUGAAAGAAAACGAGGUCUGAAUGGCUUUGUAGGAAAUGCUGACCCUCCGCUUUUUGUUGUUGGGGGAAAGAAUUUGUUGUUCCUCUGGUUUCUGCCGUGGUGGAGGGACCCAUCUUUCCUGUUCACACUUUAAACCCUCCUUUGCACAUCUGUUGGUGUGGCUAAAUGAGCAAAUGUGCAGAGGAUGCCUAAAUGAUAGUGGCUUUAUGUGUCUCCUUUUCUAUUCCCCCCUUCAGCCUUAUUUUACUCAUCCCCUGGGGCUUAAGUUGUAGAUAAUUCUGUAGUUACUCUGGGUCCUCUUUGGUGCUUCUGGCUUACUGUGGUCUUGCAGACCAAGCUGCUCUCUCAGCUUUGCCCCAAACCCGCUGGUUUGGGGCUGCCCAACACCAGCCUGGAGUUUGCUGUGGUUCAGCAGAACCCAGGCGGACUGACCACAGGUCCCUCUGCCCUCCCUCACUCGGAUAAGACACCAGCUGCAGGAAUUAACCUUAAAUCCUUAUUUUUUAUUUAUGCUUUCCUAAAAAUAGCUUUUUUCUCUCCAGCCAGCCCUCCUGAGACUGCACCUAAAGCAGGCAA